AUGACACGUCAGGCUAACUCCGACAGUGACGGUUUAGGUGACCAUGUUGGUGGCUCUAAUCGUUUGUCUAAAAAAGGCAAAGAUAAUGUAAAGAGCUAUGGAUUGCUACGUAAGGACGCAUUAUCUGCUCUGUGGAAAUGCACAGAAACAGAUCCAUCCCGAAAUAUUGCAGACAAUGCAUCUGUCGUCCCUAGUCAAGAUUCUGAUACUUCAAAAUCCAGUGUCUACUUCAAAGGAUGGUACAAAACAAAGAAUAUAGAUUCCUCAGAUGAUGGAGAAAAUCAACAAUCUGAAGAACCUGAAGCUAACACCUACACAACAGUGCUUUACAAUAAGCUGUCUUCAAUGUUUGAUGGAUUCAAAGGCCUCAUGUACAGUAACUGGAAUGUCACACAUACACUAGCCAACGAACCAGCUGCCACUACUUCAGAUAGACGAUCACCUAGCAUAUCUCAACGAUUCAAUUCGACUAUGGAUAGCCUGUUAGGUCGUACUGGCGCAGCAGAUCGUUUUGUUGCUUUUAUAGCUAACUUCACAAUCCCCAAAGCAGGAUUCAACUUUAGUAACCCCUUUGUUCCACGCCAUGAUAAGUUUGUAGAUUGUUUUGCGUUGUUCAUUGAAGGUAAGAACACGGGCCGUGGUGCGGAAUUCGCGCAACCCGUUGAAAAUGCUGCAUUAGACGUUGGCGACAGUCUGAGAUGUGAGAUUGUUAGUAAAGUGUCACAACAAGUUAUAUCAAAAUAUGGUCCAUACCAUUGUGUAUUUGAGGAAGAAGUCGAUUCCCAAACACGUCACAAAUCGCUACGUGAUUUCAUUGGUGAGAUGUCCUUUAGCAAUGGUCGCCUUCGGUUCUUCCAAGCUAUAAAGUCUUUCCGUCGGCAGUCUGACAAGCAAGUGGAUGCCGCUUCAGAGAAUACGGCAACCGAUGAUGCAGAGGAUACACCAGAACAGAAUGGUCAAAGCGCUGCCAAUUACUUGAAAAAUCGCUUAGGCAUGUUGAGCGAAUAUCUAUCCAGACGUUCUGAUGAUACAAGUAGCUCUACUGCCCUUAAGUCAUAUUUCCAGUCACUGCGUGCUUGGCGCAGUGAGGACACUGAGGUGAGAUCUGAGGAGUCUGCAGAUUAUCGCUUAAAAGAACAUACUAUGGUACACAGUGGACACUGGGAUGAAUACCAGUAUGACAAUAUCGAGAUCAUUUUACGUGACGACAAUAAUAAUCCGGUGAUUAAACUUCCCUAUGGUUGCGCCGUAAUGUGA